GGUAAGGUCCGGAGAUAUACAAAGCAGUGUGAUACGGAUUUUUAUACAGUUAUCUUCUUGUGAAGAAAAUAACUUUAAUGGCUUCAUUCUCGACAAGUUCAACCCUCAAGAUGAUACUAGUCUCCACCGGUGUUUUAACUGUAGCACUGGCCCUCAAGCAUACAGUUCCGGUCGUCUCAGAUUUCAUCGUCUCCGAAUGCCCUUCGAUCUGGACCUUCAUGCUCACUUGCCUCAGACCUCCUUACCUUUACAUACUCAUGAAUUGCAUCAUCAUCAGCAUCGUCGCCUCUUCCAAACUCCAACACCAGCAUAAACUCGAUCAUACUCACUCGCCAGACGACCCAGUGCUCCUUCCGUCUAUUCAGACGCUCACCACGGCACCGGUCGAGAUCUCUGAGGGCCUGCCGACGGAGUACAACACAGUGGUCCUUCCGCCUUCUCAGAAUCUAACGCAGGAGCCUAUCAUGAUCACCCGCGAUGUGAGGAUGGAGUACCCUGUCUCCGAUGGCCUCGUUUCUGAGUCACAAGUUUAUGAUGCAAGUGUACAGGAACCAAAGACACCGAAGCUGAAGGAUCAUAAGGAAGUCGUGAGUGGCUCCGAUGAAGCGAAGAUUCAGCUGCGGACAAGCAUGCAGAGAAUGGACUCGUUGGGUUUGUCGUUUCAAAAUGAGAAUGAGAAACCGCCGGUUUCUGCCAGAUUCGGCCACCGAAAAGCCGUCAAAGCUGGUCCUGAUGGAGGGAAGGCGGCGCUGGGAGUGAUGAAGGCGAAGCGGCAGGACACUCUAGAGAGCACGUGGAGGAUGAUAACGGAGGGUCGUGCGAUGCCGUUAGCAAGGCACCUGAAGAAGUCCGACACGUGGGACUCGCAGCUGCGUCGGAAUUCUCCGCGGACGGACCAGAACGGCACACCUGCGGUGAAGAAAUCUGAGACUUUCAACGGAAGGAGCAAAGCCCCGGGUGAGAACGAGUCUCCGAGCCAAACACCGAGUUCGGGUUCAGGGAAGCUGAAGAAAGAACCGUCGCUGGGCCAGGACGAGUUGAACCGGCGUGUGGAGGCUUUCAUCAACAAGUUCAACGAGGAAAUGAGGUUGCAGAGGCAGGAGUCGUUGAGACAGUACCAUGAGAUGAUCAGACGUGGGGCUCACUGAGAAAUGCUUGCCUAAUUUGGUCGGCAAUGGUAGACGAUCCAUCAUUCGGGGUGUAAAGUUUGCUUUUUUUCAUUGGGUAAAAGAAUCCGAUUCCCAGUUUACAGCAAAUGGUAUAUUAAGCUCAAUUAUAGCUACAUCUACACGUACACAUCCUAACAUUAUGAUUUCUUCUUGUUUCACAAUUUAGCAAAGGGUGGGUCUUCGAUCUGUACAAAAUUUAAAUUACUUCAAUUCAAUAAAAAGUAAUGAAUUUCAUGCUGCAAGCUGAGAUAGGGACCAGGUUUUGGCUUCUUGGCAGGAUGAUAAAGCGUUUGUUUUGGAAGCUUAGAGAAGAUUCCACAUCAUUCA